CGCUCCCGCCUACCCCCUGGUCCGGGCCGCUCUCCAGGGCGUCUGUAAACACAGCCAGAGCCUGUCAUGGAGGGGGAGGAGGAGGCGGUGGCGGCGAAGGGAGGCGUUCUGGGCCGCCUCCAGGGUCCGCUCUGCCAUUCCUGAACUGGUCCCUCAUUCCCGUGACUGUGGCAUCAGGGAAGGGAACUGUUAGGCGAGAGAAGGGGGCAGUCAGAACCAUAUCCCCUUCUUCCCCCGGGGCGGGGCCGGGCCGGGCCAGACCGGCUGAGCAGAGGGAGGGUCGGGGGAGGGAGCGCCCGACCGGGCCGGCCUGUCUGCCGAGAUGGAUGACAGUAAGGUGGUUGGAGGCAAAGUGAAGAAGCCUGGCAAACGCGGUCGAAAGCCAGCCAAAAUCGACUUGAAGGCCAAACUCGAGAGGAGCCGACAGAGUGCAAGAGAGUGUCGGGCCAGGAAAAAACUGAGGUACCAGUAUUUGGAAGAGUUGGUAUCCAGUCGGGAAAGAGCCAUUUGUGCCCUCAGAGAGGAACUGGAAAUGUACAAGCAGUGGUGCAUGGCAAUGGACCAAGGAAAAAUCCCUUCUGAAAUAAAGGCCCUACUCACUGGAGAAGAGCAGAGCAAAUCUCAGCAGAACUCAAACAGGCACCUGAAAGCUGGGAAGACAGAAGCUAACAGCAAUUCCUGGUGAAGAUCAUAUAAAAUGAUGAGUUGGUGGUUGAAGCCAAUAUUCUGAUUCCUAAGGAGGAUGGAUGGGCAAGAUUACUCCUUGGCUCCAUUUACUACCUACUGCCUAGUCAUCUCUGUAAAUCUGCAGUUUCUACCAAAAUGUGUGAUCAUAGAUCUCAAAGGAUUUUGCUUUAAUCUUCAACACUUAAAAAUUUACAAACAUUCAGACCUGUUCUUGCUGGUAUUGCCACCCAUGGCAUUUAACAUGUUGCAAUGCUUGAAAGCACAGGAGUAGAGAGAAUGGGUGAAGAUUGUAUUUUUGCACCUCAACUCCACAUUGCUUUAUUGGUUAAUUUAUAUUCUUUCCAUGUAAUUCAUGUAAUUGUAUGUGUAUGUAUGUUUAGGUGUCACCUCCUUUCAUGUUUUUGAUUCCCCUACAAAGAGAAACCAAAUGGGCUGAUUACUGACUAUAAGUUCUUAGCCUUUAUGGACCUAAUCUUAUUUCUUAAUAUUUACUUGAGUAAUGUUUAUUUUCUGCAUAACCAUGAUUUCUCCUGUGAGCCAUUCCAGCAUAAGCUGUGAAUAUGUAUUAACAAAUAUAUACAUUUCUAUUUUUAUAAUCCAUAAUGAUAUGCCUAUUUUAAAUAAUGUACACUUUAACCAAAUCCAUCAAGAAAGCCCUUAAGAUAGCCUCUAUUUAAAACUUUUGUUGCUGUCUUCUAAAACUGUAUUUUUAAAAGUUUGCUAGGGCCUAAUCCAUACUUGGAGAAUCAUUAAUCAAACUUUAUUUUUAAACAAGAAGUAACCUGUUAGGCAUUUCAGCAGCAUACAUCAUCUUGACAACCCAGAGUACAAAUAUAUGUAUGUGUUUCUAUUGUAUGUCUAUAUAUAUGUGUGUAUGGGGAGGGCCGGAGUGAAUAUUCACACACAUUUCGUUGUGUGGUCAACUAACUUGGAGAAUUUUUCUAAAGAAAAUAGGAUGAAAUUAGCUGCUGAGAUGGAGUUUCUGCCUCAAGAGAUCUGGAACGAAAUGAGGGACAGAUUGCUGGUAGAUCUAAUGGCUAUAGCCAUAACCACCGGAACACUUCGUUUCUUCCCUGACUUGAGUUUCCUGAUGAAUGUAUUCUGAGCCAGAAAGAAACACACUGUGGGUGUGCGUUGGGUUCAGCCCUGGCUGUGCCUUCUCUCUGGAGUGAAGCACUGGAGCCAGAGGCGCACACAGCACCGCCCCUUGUGGGCCUGGCAGGAGUGGCAAAGGGCAGAGUUCUCUCUAGCUCCCAUCACAGCUGC